UGGAUUUAUCACACUGUGCCCCAUUCCCAGUCUCAGGGCAGCGGUCUUGUUUGCUGGAGAAUUACAACAGUGCUGAAACUAGACACGAGUGGACAGAGACAGAGAAUCUGUGCAGCUCUCCUGGAUGUGAAGUAGCCAGAGUGGCCAGGUUUUAGACCCAUCGAAUUAUUUGGUGAAUGGUGCUGUGGAAUGCUUGAACCUGGUGCUGCAGUACAGGAAGGUGAAGGGUGAGACGAGUGUAAACCCAGACCAGCGUUGAUUGGAGUGGGGCCAAGGCCUGACUCACAGACUCCUGGGAUGGCUGUGCUGCUCCUGUUGUGUGCGCCGGCUCUGCUUCUUCCAGCUCUGACUGCCGUCCAGGGUCAUGAGUUCACCUUGUACAGGAUGCAGCAGUACAACCUGCAGCAGCAGAAACACGGUUGUCGUGGAGCGCUAGUGGUAGCUGAAGCCCGCACCGUGGAGGAGAGGGUUCUGACUCGGCGGUGUGUGGUGAUGAGGCUUGCGGACUUCACUCUGGACCGGUACCAGGAUGCCCUGAGACACAACGCAGCCUCUGUUCUCAUUCUGGUGCCACAAAACAUCUCAUCUGUCCCUCAGGAUGUUAUCCAGAGGUUCAUGGUGAGUGAGGCAGAGGUGGUGAUGAAUGACACUCUGAUGCCAGUCUAUGCUGCUAUGGAGGAAGAGGAGCUGCUCUCGAUGUAUGAAGAGAUGAAGGCUGCCUCUCUGGCACUGCAGUCCUCCUCACCUCUGCAGGUCCUUUCCAGCAUGGUCACAGCAAAUGGGUUCCAGAUAUUUGUUGGCAGUGAUUUUCCCAUCAAGCCCAUCAGUGACACAGCCUUCAUCACUCUGGAGGGAGUUCUGUUUGGAACAGGAGAGGACCUGCCCACAGUUGUCAUUACAGCUCAUUAUGACUCCUUUGGGAUAGCGCCUUGGCUCUCGUAUGGAGCGGAUUCCAAUGCUAGUGGCGUGGCUGUUCUCCUGGAGCUGGUCAGACUCUUCCACAGACUCUACAGUGACGCCCACAGUCAGGCCAGGUACAAUAUUCUUUUCUCUCUAACGGGAGGAGGGAAGUACAAUUACCAAGGAACAAAGAGGUGGAUUGAAGAAAAUCUGGACCACACAGAGUCUAGCUUGCUUCAUGAAAAUGUGGCCUUUGUACUGUGCCUGGACACAUUAGCCAAUGGUGAAGGGCUCUAUCUUCAUGUAUCCAGACCUCCGAAGCCUGGAACAAUACAGCAUGCUUUCAUUCAAGAGCUGGAUCAGGUGAUAUCUUCCCGCUUCCCUUCAGUGAAGUUCGGAAUAGUCCACAAGAAGAUUAACCUGGGGGAGCGGGCGCUCUCCUGGGAACAUGAGCGCUACGGGAUGCGUCGCAUUCCUGCCUUCACCUUGUCCCACCUGGAGGAUCCCCGCAGUGGGCUGAGGGGCUCCAUCCUGGACACGGUGACCCAGACUGACAUGAAGAAACUAAGGCGUAAUGCUGUUAUAAUAGCAGAAUCAAUGGCACGAUUCAUGUACAACUUAACUAAAAAGGGUUCCCCAAAAGAGCUUCCUGUUUUCAGAGGCCACAUGGAAGGGUUGUGUCUGUGUCCCUUGCAGGAAGUCCAAGAGAGCCGCUUGUCCUCCCUGAUGUCCUAUCUGUCCUCUGUGCCACGUGCCUCUCAGCUCUUGGACCGGGAGCCCAGCCUGCAGCUCCUUAUUUCCACACUAGAGCAUGAGUUCAGCCAAUAUCUCCAGCAUGUCCAGCGCCAUGUCUUCCGCACCGACCGAAGGGAUCCAGAAGUUGUGUUCUUUGAUCAAAUGAAACAAACCAUGAUGAUGCACAGAGUGAAGCCUGCAGUGUUCGACCUGUUCCUGGGUGCCUGUAUUGCUGCAUAUCUUGGAGUAGUGUAUUAUGCCAUACAGAAUUUAGGACACAUAUAUAUGAAGAUCACGAAGAUGGCUAUGAACCCAAAACAACAGUGAAGCCCUGAUUCAGCUGGAGCUUGGAAGAAGCAGAAAAGGCACCGCUAACCAGAGAGGAAGGCCUGCUGUGGACCAGAGAUACCUUAGAGCCACUGACAGCUGCCAUUAACUUUAGAGUUCACUGUUGUGAUACAGGAGGGACAAGCACAGCGAGGGAUUUCCUUUUCAAUCUAAGAUUUUCCAGUUUUUGUCAAAAUUAUUGUUUUUAUAACCACUUUUUUUUAAAGUGUCAAACUCUAAGGUUUCUUUGUCUGGGAUUUGAUAGAAAAUCGCUAUACAGUAGUUACUGUCCAUGAUACUGUAUGUCGAUAUACUAUAUGAGGUAACUGAGGAAUGCUUAGGGAGAGAUGUGUCUUUACUCUUGUAUUGGAGGGUAUGAACUAUCGGAGGAAACUAUUUAGAGCUGUUUAUUAAAUGUGACAUGAAACAGAAUGAUGCGAAUGCUGAUAGAGAAAAUGAAAAACUGCAACUUAAUUAAAGAGAAUCUUGGAUUAAUUUAAGAGCUUUUUGGAUAAAUUGAAAAAUUCUGUUCAUUAUUGUAGUCUUCAUGGUUCAGUUCAAAUGAUGGCAAUACUUGUCUUUAGGUGGUGCAUUAAUAUGAGGCAUUAAUGUAUUUAAGCCCUAUUGUAUUGUUUUUAAUAAUGGGAAGUUGCCAUAUACUGUAAACUUGAUACUCAAUAAACCUUUUAA